GUUUUUGGAACAGACUGAUCAGCAAGAGCAACUGGCUAAGAAGUGGGGGUUCAAAACAUCUGACAUAAGAGAACUGAGUAACCAUGAAUUCUUCAUGCCAGGAAUGGUUGAUACACACAUUCAUGCCCCUCAGUAUUCCUUUACUGGUACAAGAGUAGAUCUACCUCUUUUGGAGUGGUUGACUACCUACACAUACCCAACAGAAGCCAAAUACAAAGACAGUGAUUUUGCAGAAGAAGUGUAUACCAGAGUUGUCAGACGAACUCUAAAGAAUGGCACGACUACAGCUUGCUACUUUGCAACAAUUUACACAGAUACUUCUCUUCUACUUGCUGAAAUUAUAGAUAAAUUUGGUCAACGAGCAUUUGUUGGAAAAGUCUGCAUGGAUAUGAAUGACAGUGUGCCACAAUACAAAGAGAAUACUGCUGACUCUGUGCAAGAGACAGAAAGGUUUGUUAAAGAACUACUGGAAAAGAAAUACCCAAGGGUACAGCCUGUAAUAACCCCUCGCUUUGGCCCUUCCUGCACAGAGGAUUUGCUGUGUGCACUUGGCAAUUUAGCACAGGCUCGUGAUCUCCAUGUGCAGAGUCACAUAAGUGAGAAUGAAGAAGAACUCAAACUUGUGGAGAACAUGUUUCCUGCCUACCAGAAUUACACUGAAUUGUAUGAUAAAAACAAGCUGCUUACCAGCAAGACAGUGAUGGCUCAUGCCUGUUAUCUUUCUGAAGAAGAGCUGAAACUUUUUAGUCUUCGUGGAGCUGCAAUUUCACAUUGCCCCAAUUCUAAUUUUUCGUUGCGCAGCGGUGUCUUAAAUGUGCAAAAGGUCCUGAAACACAACGUGAAGCUUGGCCUUGGCACAGAUGUUGCCGGUGGAUAUUCAGCCUCUAUGCUUGAUGCCAUCAGAAAAACAAUGAUAGCAUCUAAUAGCCUUCAGAUCAAUAAAAUGAAUGAAACAGGACUAAGACUUGAAGAUGCUUUUCAACUAGCCACUCUAGGAGGAAGCCAAGCUCUAGGACUAGACGACGUGAUUGGAAACUUUGAGGUCGGCAAAGAAUUUGAUGCGCUGUUAAUCAACACAAAGGCUUCAGACAGCCCUUUUGACUUGUUCUCUGCUGAUAAUUUUGAGGACAUUCUCCAGAAGUUCCUGUAUUCAGGUGAUGAUCGGAAUAUUUCAGAAGUGUAUGUGGCUGGAAAGCAAGUGGUUCCUUUUUCAAGUUCAGUAUAAAUCCAUUUCCCUUUUGCAAACUACUCUGCUGAUCAUUCUGCAUCUGAUUUGGAAAAGACUGAUUAAACACAGUACCUGAUCAUCAGGAAUGACACCUCAUUUUUGUUUAAUGUUUUAAAACUUGCAAACAUUAGAAAUCUUGUUAGAACUUUCAAGAAUUACUUUACCAAAAUUGUCACAGUUCUAGAGGAAACGGAUAUUUAAAUUUCUCUGGAAAAAUAGCAUGUGUGCAUUGGUAAGGGAUGUGGUAAAUACCUUAAUUAAAGAGGACACCUGCUGUUCCUUUUAAUAAUAGUGUAGGAGGCAUUACGAAGAGCAAUGAGACUCUCAUUGUCUAUAAUGCAUCUGAAUUUAAAAAAAGCCAGUGCUAGUAAAUUGAUUUUGCAGAUAAUGAAUAUCACGGAAGAAUGCAAUUUUCAUAAUAUUGUCACCAAGUAUGGAAAAAUCAGUGACAUUUUGGGGCAUUUAGAGCAUUUUUCAGUUUUCUUCAGGAGCUUAUUUUUUUUAAAGUAAUUAUUUCAUUUAAAACAUUAUUUUUUUAAGAGAAAUUAGAUAAGAAGCGUGUAUUUAUAAAUAAAUAAGGGUCCUUAUUAUGAAAGAGUUGAGAUUUGUCAUUCGUAGUCAGGCAGAAGAGAACUGGUGGAAGAACCAAAUAAGAAAUGGGGCAUUAGUCACAGGGAGACGGGCUGGGAGCGCGGAAGGGCUGCAUUGUUCUGUGAUGCUGUCAGCUGAAACUGCAUUUCCGCAGAUUUUGUUCCGAAGUCUAGAAAUGGUCAGCCUGAUCUUCCACCCACUCCACUGAGUUACCUUCAGCUGAGCGACAGCUGAAUGAAACUCGUGUUAAACUAGAAGCUGGCACGAAGCUGUCUGAGCAGGCUACUCGGUGGCAGAGAAGUGAAGAGGUUUUUCUGGACUAGAGGGAGUGCUUCGUCUAGUUCAGCCUCCUGCAUAACCUUCCCAAGCUCAUUUGCUCCUGACUGUUCAGACAGGAUGAUACGAUGUCCCUUCUCCUUUCUGUAAGGGAAGUGAGUGGGUUUAAAAAAAAUCCAAGAGAAAUGGGCUAUUUCUGGCCAUUACCACCUUUGACUUGAGGUGGAAAUCAUCACUGGAAAAAGCAGCUCAGCUUUAACGUGCUCUUUUGUGUCUUUCAAUGUGGCAACCAUAAUGCCAGCCCUGUACAAUUCCAGGUAAAAUAUGUGCCCUUUUUGUUUCAGAAAUCUGUGCAACUUCCUUUCUU